AAGAAUACGAUUGUUGUAGCGCCGUUUAACUUUCUUUUACCUAACACCCUCUCGUCACCUAAACCUCAACAACCACAAACAACAACGCCAACAACUUACAAACUCCCCUCAACCUCAACUAUCAAACACAACCACUUCUCUCUCUUUUAUAUUUUUCUUUUGUCUCUCUAAACAUACUUUUGAUUUCAGUUUCUGUUUCUUUUCGGAUAAUAUUGUAUAAUGGAGGCUCAGAAGCUCUUAAAAACUGCCACAUUAAUGCCUGCUUCUCACCGUGGUUCGAAGUUUCCUAGGAGUAGUUGCUGUCUUGUUCCUAAAACAAGGCAGAAUCUUUGUUCUGCGCUUGCGAAAAGAUGCAGCCUUUCGGUUCAAGCUUCUGCUUCUUCUAUUGCGUUGGCAAAGAAGAAAAGGGUGGAUGAGAGUGAGAAUUUGACCCUUGAAAAUAUAAGACGUUCUUUGAUUCAGCAAGAGGAUAGCAUAAUAUUCAGCCUUUUAGAGCGAUCACAGUACAGUUAUAAUGCUGAUACCUAUGACCCUGAUGCUUUUGCCAUGGAAGGCUUUCAUGGCUCUUUGGUAGAGUUCAUGCUCAAAGAAACUGAAAAGCUUCAUGCUCAGGUGGGCAGAUACAAGAGCCCCGAUGAGCACCCAUUCUUCCCUGAUGACUUGCCAGAGCCUCUAUUACCACCUAUGCAGUACCCGCAGGUACUACAUACCGGUGCUGACUCAAUUAAUUUAAAUGACAAAGUAUUGCAUAUGUACUUCAGAGAUAUAAUCCCUAGAUUGGCCAAGGAUGGAAAUGAUGGAAAUUCUGGAUCAACAGCUGUUUGUGAUACACUCUGCCUGCAGAUUCUAUCAAAAAGAAUUCAUUAUGGAAAAUUUGUAGCAGAGGCCAAAUUUCGCGAUUCUCCAGAAGCUUACGAAGCAGCCAUUAGAGCACAGGAUAGGGAUAAAUUAAUGGAGUUGCUGACAUACACAAAGGUCGAAGAGUUGGUAAAAAAGAGAGUGGAAAUGAAAACCAGAACUUUCGGGCAAGAGGUGACCGUAAUUUGUGGAGAAGAUGAAAUCGAGCCGGCAUACAAAAUAGAGCCAACCUUGGUUGCUGAAUUAUAUGGAGACUGGAUCAUGCCUCUGACAAAGGAAGUUCAAGUGGAGUAUUUAUUAAGAAGGUUGGAUUAAAUUUUGCAAUAGUUGUUUAUGACUAUAUAGAGCAUGUUUUCAAUAUCUAAUGUUUAAUGCAUUGUGCUUGUAAUUAAAACACUGCGUGAUACAGCACAUACCAUGUAAAAAUUCUCUCAACCGGUUAGUAUUUUGGACUGAAACAAAAUUUUGGUGCUUGGAAUGCAAUUCAGUAACCUGGUCCA